AUGGGCUCCAAAAUAGAAAAUCCCCAAUUACUCAGACCUAAAAUUUCAUGUUCUUCCCCUUUACCUCUCCUUUCCUCUCGAUUCUCACAGUCUCCACCGAAUCCAAUUACUCGUCUACUGCGGACCGGAGUCAGUUCUAUUAUCCGGAUCCUCCCGCCUCUCCUUCGUCUCAGGGAUUUCUCCUCGGAAUGCUCACGACGGAUUCUAGCUAUCGACAGAAGAUCCCAAACCUACGCAGACUGGUCCAUCCAAGUCCACCACCGUAAACAGAUCCUCUUCAUCGUCUCAGAAGGAGUCAACAACAAUGUCUCGACCCAAGUGUAG